AUGGUUGGAUUUGGUCGAAACAAGAAGAGCACAGCAACGUUCUCCGACGGCGUCGGUCAAAUUGAUGGUUCGAGCCUCCUUGAUGACAAAGGCGAACCAAACGUUGCCACGCUCUACGACACCAACAAUAACAGCAAGAAGACCAAACUCGAUGUGAAGAGCCGUAACCCUGAAGACGAUGACUGCGAUGAGACCACCAAGCCACCGGCACGGCGCAGCUGGUUCCGUCUUGGACGCUCCACUCAGCCUCCACAGUAG